AUGAGAGUGCUCGAGAUUCCCAGAUCGGAGCUCAUUGCAGCCCCCGACCAGCAAUGCGAUGAAGCUACCCUCCGCGUUGCACUCGCCGUGUGCAGCGCAUAUGCCAUCUCGCCCCUGUGCUGCACGCCGGAAGCCCUCAGAAUUUUGAAAGAAUAUUUCCAAGGCGAUGCAUCCACAUUCACUGCAGCGGACUUCAGCCUGGCUCACAAUGUGUUUUGCAUCGUGGUUGAAGAUUUGGGUCGCUGGGCCAAUCUCGACGCAGAGCAGAUUAUCACCCCGUUGGUCAUCAUCAAUGCAUUUGAUGUCUACUCGAUUCUAUCUGAAAUCUCCGGACCAGUGGCUCCGCCCUCGUUACAUCGUCAGGCAAGCACGGGACAGCAGGCAUUUGGAGGGAUGUUGGGCGAGUUCGAGGGUAAGAUUCAAUCUGCCCGAACUCUGGUCGAACAGGCGAUGGGCGAAGUUGACACCACGAUCGGAUGGGUCCAAGAGAUAGUAUGUGCUGCUGAAAAUGUCCAAGCAGGGCUCGGGCAAGUCCAUCAGCAGUUAGAGGUGGUGGACAAUGGAACCCUGGACAUGCAAAUUGGGCGCGAAAACUUGGAUUACAUCAAGGAGCGGCUGGAAACCGUGUCUGAGAGCAUGUGA